UUUUGAUCUGUUUAAAUAAAAUCAAAAUUUUUUUAAAUGAAAUAUAUAAUACUGAUACAAAACUCCAGGUUGAUGACAUCGAAACAAAACUGGACCAACUAAUAGAAUUAUACGUGGAGGAUCGUAAACGUUUUUUAUCACUUCCAUUACCAAAAAUGGAAACUCGUCAUGUGCCUCAUUCACCGUCGACUUCUACUGAAGAAACAAAUGUCACAACAGUUCUUAAGCCGAUUUUGGUUGACAAACAACUGUCGGAACCAAGUUCUCCUACAUCUAAAACGAUACGAUAUACAAAACAACAGAAACCUCGUCAAAUAUAUCGAGGUUAUUCAGAUCUUGGAAGCAGAGUCAAGAAACGAGUUACCCUUAGCUCAAUAACGUCGAACUUGGUACAUUUGGAUGAAGCUUCGACAGAGAGGUCAUCAAGUGUGUACUCGACGACAUCAUUGCCACCUUCAAGAGAGGAUGGAGUAAUUAUCAUUGUGCCUACACUUCCAGAUAGAACUGAAUCAUUGUCUUCAACACACCAAAAGUCAUCGUUGAACGGUGAUUUUGGUAAAUUUUUAUACUCUUUAUAUAUUAUAACUAGUAAUAUAACGUUAACGUAGAGGCACCAAUUAUUG